AUGAAGAGCAACACCACAACCACCACCAACACAAACACAAAGCUCAUCCUCCUCCACCCCUCAUCAAUCCACAAAUCCAGCACAAAUGGAGGAAGCCCUCACCGGCUAUGGCUGCUCUUCUUCUUCACCUUCUUCACCCUCGCAUUCACUCUCACUCUCAUAAACACCACCAUCCCACAAACCCUCCCCAACUCCUCCCUCACGCCCACCUCCACAAUCCCACUCCAGCCGCCCAUUCUCGAUGCUCUUCUUCACUACGCCACUUCGUCGAACACCUCGUCUACACCCCACAUGUCCGCGCCAGAGAUCACCACCAUAUCCUCCACCCUCACCCGCCUCUGCGCACCUACCUGCAAUUUCCUCAUUUUUGGGCUCACCCACGAGUCCCUCCUCUACCUCGCCCUCAAUCACAACGGCCGCACCGUCUUCCUCGACGAGAGCGAGUUCUUGGUCUCCAGGUUCGAACAGUCCCAUCCUCACCACACCCCCGAAGCAUACGACGUGUCGUACACGACCCAGGUCAAAGAUAAUAAACAAUUGCUCUCGACGACCAGAAGCCAAGUCAAAAACGAGUGCCGGCCGGUCCAGAAUCUGCUGUUCUCGGACUGCAAGAUUGGGAUCAACGACUUGCCGAACCACAUAUACCAGGUCCCUUGGGAUGUGAUUUUGGUCGACGGGCCACGUGGGUACUCGCCGGCGGCCCCGGGGCGGAUGUCGGCAAUCUUCACCGCCGGAGUUUUGGCUCGGAGCAAAAGGGGCGGCAGAGCCACGACCCAUGUGUUUGUCCACGAUUUAAACAGAGAGGUUGAGAGGGUUUUUAGCGACGAGUUUCUUUGCCGGGAAAACUUGGUGGAGGCUGUGGAUAGCUUGGGGCAUUUUGUUGUGGAGAAAAUGGAAGACCAUAAUAGCUUUAAAUUUUGCAGAGAUCCAACAUCAUCGCCAUCGUCAAAGGGGGAUGAAGAUGAUUAA